ACGAAAUUGGAGGACUCAAACAAAAAAUGUUUUUAACUUCCGGUAACCGGAGCUAGUCCAUGGCCAUUAUUAACUAAAUGCUUCGAUCUUUGCUGAUUCCGCAAGCAAAAAAAAUUCUCAAAGUUUAAGAAAAGUGGAAUCCAUGAUUGAUCCAGCUGAGUAGCUACAAGAUGGAUAAUCGAAAUGUUGUCGUUUGCGACAACGGCACUGGGUAUGUCAAGUGUGGCUUUGCGGGUGAGAAUUUUCCCACAUCUGUAUUCCCUUGUGUUGUGGGGAGGCCAAUGCUAAGAUAUGAAGAGUCCCUUAUGGAACAAGACUUGAAGGAUAUUAUUGUGGGAGAUGAAUGCUUGAAGUUGCGCCAUCAGUUGGAUUUAUCUUAUCCCGUCAACAAUGGAAUUGUACAAAACUGGGAUGAUAUGGGGAAUGUGUGGGACCAUGCAUUUUUCAACGAACUGAAGAUAGAUCCAACAGAAUGCAAAAUUCUGCUGACAGAUCCACCUCUAAAUCCAUCUAAAAAUCGUGAAACGAUGGUAGAAACCAUGUUUGAGAAGUACAACUUUGCUGGUGUCUUCAUCCAAAUUCAAGCUGUUCUAACAUUGUAUGCUCAAGGUUUGUUGACUGGGCUUGUCAUCGACUCAGGUGAUGGAGUUACACAUGUUGUUCCCGUUGUAGAUGGAUACUCAUUUCCUCACCUCACGAAAAGAAUGAAUGUAGCUGGACGGCAUAUAACAUCUUAUAUGGUUGAUCUGCUACUUCGGAGAGGGUAUGCAAUGAAUAGAAGUGCCGAUUUUGAGACUGUCAGGGAUAUUAAAGAAAAGCUCUGCUACAUUAGUUAUGAUUACAAGAGAGAAUAUCAGUUGGGGCUUGAAACUACAAUUCUUGUUAAGAAUUAUACUCUUCCAGAUGGGAGGGUACUUAAAGUUGGCACAGAGAGGUUCCAGGCACCUGAGGCUCUUUUUACUCCAGAUCUUAUUGAUGUUGAAGGUGAUGGCAUGGCUGACAUGGUAUUUCGCUGCAUCCAGGAGAUGGAUAUUGACAACAGGAUGAUGCUCUACCAGCAUAUUGUUUUGAGUGGUGGAAGUACCAUGUAUCCUGGCUUACCUAGUCGCCUUGAGAAAGAAAUUUUGGACCGCUAUCUUGAUGUUGUUCUGAAGGGGAACAAAGAUGGUUUGAAGAAAUUGCGCUUACGAAUAGAAGAUCCACCAAGAAGAAAGCAUAUGGUGUAUCUCGGUGGUGCAGUUCUGGCCGGAAUUAUGAAGGAUGCCCCUGAGUUUUGGAUCAAUAGACAAGAUUAUUUAGAAGAGGGAGUUGCAUGCCUAAGCAAGUGUGGUCAGGCAUGAUUUUUACAUGUCCAUCAAUUGUUUAAGCUUUUGCUUCUUUUCAAAGAAAAGCUUGGAAAUGUACUGAUCAAGACGUGCUGGAAAUGACUCUUUAGCAUUCAAAAAGAAGCUCUUGUACUGUAUUUUGCUAAAAAAAUCUCAAAGAGACAGGACGUGUCAUACUUGAAUGUUUUUACUGCAUCUGC